GGCAGACUGCGCCACAUUCCAUCACAUCACACUUGCACCGCCACUCAUCGCAAAGGCGGCGUGUGAGUGGUCGAGCCCGAACAAGAAUAGAACCGAGUCACAGUCGGCGGCAAUAACAGCUCCAGUCAUCCCCUGGAGGACCCUGAACGGACGGACCAGAGUGGAGAGGGCCCUCCGUUCCCCUCAUUCAUCGAGCUAGUCAGUGCGCCGUGUGAUCCCCCAGAGCGGUUGCAGGGCUCCUGUCCGAGCCAAGGGCGCUUAACAGCUUGUUGAUUGCGGACCAAGGGAGGUCCAGCCCCUCACUAGAGAUGGCACGGUUCCAGAUCGUCUCGGAUCUGCACCUAGAAAACCCUGUUGCAUACGAUCUGUUCGAGAUAUCGCCCAAAGCACCCUACCUAGCCCUCCUAGGCGACAUCGGCAACGUCAGGGACGAUGGCUUCCUCCUGUUCAUCGAAGACCAGCUGCGCAAAUUCGAGAUCGUCUUCUUCGUGCCGGGGAACCACGAGCCUUUCCAUUCCAGCUGGCCGGAGGUGAGAAGGAAACUGCGGCAGUUCUCCGACGACAUUAGCCGCAAACGAGCCCAAACCAACCCACGCGGACCUCACCAGCUAGGAGAGUUCGUCCUGCUCGACCAAACACGAUAUGCCCUAACCCCGGAUAUCACCGUCCUGGGAUGCACAUUUCACACCAAGGUCAGCGAGAUGCAGGAAGAGCGGGUCAGCUUCGGCCUCAACGACUUUUACUACAUCAAAGACUGGACGGUGGAGGAUCACUGCGCUGCGCACGAAGCCGAUCGUGCCUGGCUCAACGACCAAGUCUCUGACAUCGCCAGAUCGGACCCGCACCACAAGAUCGUAAUCUUCAGCCAUCACAGCCCGACGGUUGCACCAUCAGCGGUUGAUCCCGUCCAUGCGAAGAGCCCCAUCUCGUCGGCGUUCGCGACGGAUCUCGCCGGUGAACCGUGCUGGGAAAAGCCCCAGGUGCGGCUGUGGGCAUUCGGGCAUACACAUUACAACUGCGACUUUACGGACAAUCGAACCGGGAAACGCAUUGUGGCGAACCAGCGAGGUUAUUACUUCUCGCAGGCCAAGGUAUUCGAGCCAGAAAAGGUGUUUAGCGUUUGAUCGAACGGGGAAGCAUGUGAACGGGAUGGAGUUUCCUGUCUGAGGUCAUAGAUAGGCGUACUAGAAACAAAUGCGAUAAUAUCAUGCUGCGGAUAGCAUCGGUGACUCGCAUGCCUUCUUCCGUAGCCACUAAAUAGAUGCGACUGGAGACGUGCACAAGGUGAAGUGCGGAGAGACGGAGACGGCUGAUCGACGGACGGCCCUCGGCCGCGUUUAGCCGAGGCCCGUCUGU